UUUUAUUCAUGUAUAUGCCAUAAAAAAGUAUCCAUUUUAACAAUUUAUCCUGUCCGAAAGUACGUCUCUCCUCUGGAAAUGGUCACCGUUAAUUUGGGGUUCUUUUGUCUACCUUCCGAAAGCAAACAUUAAUUCAUGAGCUAGUUUUCUGUAAACAAAAGGAAGACAAUCUUUCUCGGAAAUAGAAAAGAAGCUGUAAUGGAGGACAAGAAAGCAACUAUAACGGCAGUUUCAACCAUUAUUGUCCUGUCCAUCUUUAUCAUCGUUGCUCGUGUAUCACUAAAACUUUCCAAGCCUUUUUUCCUCAUUGCAGGGGCAAGUGGUUCAGUGAUCCUUGCAGUCUUUGCACAUCUUAUUAUCAGAAGACGAUACAAACAUAGCAGAAAGUUGUUAGAGAGUCAAUUGGUUUCUCAAGGCAUGGAGCUUCGGAUUGAAUACAGUUUUCUUAGAAAAGUUGCAGGUGUUCCUACGAAGUUUCGAUACAAGGAGCUUGAGGAAGCAACUGACAAUUUUCAGGCAUUGCUUGGCCAAGGAUCAUCAGCUUCAGUCUUCAAAGGUAUCCUGAAUGAUGGAACAUCUGUUGCUGUGAAGCGGAUUGAAGGAGAGAAGCAUGGAGAGAAGGAAUUUCAAGCGGAGGUUUCAGCAAUCGCUAGUGUGCAACAUGUGCAUCUCUUGCGCCUUCUUGGAUACUGUAUAAUUGCCGGAGGGCCUCGUUUCCUCGUCUAUGAGUUUAUCUCCAAUGGAUCAUUGGAUUGUUGGAUUUUCCAAGGAAGAUCAAACCGGAACCAACCAGGAGGGUGUUUAUCAUGGGGCUUAAGGUAUAGAGUUGCCAUUGAUGUCGCCAAGGCACUUUGUUACCUUCAUAAUGAUUGUCGAUCAAAGAUCUUGCACCUAGAUAUCAAGCCAGAAAAUAUACUUCUGGAUGAGAAUUAUCGAGCAAUUGUGGCAGAUUUUGGCCUUUCCAAGUUAAUGGGACGAGAUGAGAGUAAAGUUAUCACUAAUAUCAGAGGGACUAGAGGUUACUUGGCUCCAGAAUGGCUCUUGGAGCACGGAGUUUCUGCAAAAUCUGACGUCUACAGUUAUGGGAUGGUGGUUUUGGAGAUGAUUGGAGGUCGGAGAAAUGUUUGCUUGGUGCAAAAUGGCAAUGAUAAAUCUCAAAGUAAAUGGCAGUACUUCCCAAAAAUAGUCAAUCAGAAAAUGAGAGAAGGAAAGCUUAUGGAAGUGGUUGAUUAUAGGCUAGCAGAAAGUGGAGGUAUUGAUGAGAGGGAGGUAAGGAGAUUGGUAUUUGUAGCCUUCUGGUGCAUACAAGAGAGGGCUCAGCUUAGACCUAGCAUGGGUCAAGUCGUUGAGAUGCUUCAAGGCCGUGUACCUGUGGAGGAGCCCCCUGAUACCCAAAUGAUCAUUGUUGAUUUGUUGGCCGUUGAUGAAGAAGAGUUACCUGAUGCACAUAACAUGGCUCCCAUGGCUGCAAUUCGAACACAACCAAUAGACAACAGCCUUCCUACCACAUCAACUUACUCGUUAGAUAUGUCAGUUCUUUCUGCACGAUAGCUCCUAGACGGCCCUUUACAAAAUGAUGCUCGUUACGCUUCGAUGAUACAUUUUUAUUAUAACAAAAGCUAAACAG